CUCAUUUUCAGGGUUUUGCAUACUCAAACGGAUACACAUUUACUCAUGUGUUCCAUCUGAACGCCAAAUGUCCAUAUGUGUAGAGUCGUAGCUUCGGUUUUUAUUGCCCUAUCACAAAAUAAAAACUAUGUGUUAACAUAGUAAUAGAAUUUGACUAUGUGGUUCACUAGAACGUCGUUAUCAUCUCGAAUUAUUUUGCCACAUUCACACACAUAUAGCAAAACAUCAGCUAAUGGCACACAAAUACGUAGAUUCUGCAUUGUAUCUGAUUACUACAAUCGCAUAGUUGAGCGUGCUACGUGCAGCGCUACAAAUAUUUCUUAUGAUGACGCUGCGAGGUAUCUAUCUCAAUUCGUCGAUAAUAGGUUUGAUGCGUCCAAGCUUCGUCCUUUUCUUGGAGACAUUCAUGCUAAAUUGUCUGUCCCAUUGACUAUAGACGACUAUUUGAUCGUUUUAGAGACGUGUUCCAUUUUAAAAUUCCAAGAUUUAGAUUUGGUAUCUUCCAUUUGUGAAGACCUUCGCCUGGCUUUCCUAACACUUUAUGAACCCAAAAAAGCUGUUCGGCAUGUCAAACCUAGCAAUGGAGAUCUUAAUGUUUCAACGGAUACAACAUCCUCCUUUUCAAAUCGUCGAUUCCAGUUGGACACUUCUGUAGCUCCUGUUUUUAAGGAUGCUGUUUUAGCUACUUGUCUCAUAUUUAACAAGUUAUACAUAUUGUACGACCCUUUGUUUUGUACCAUUGGCGACCUCAUGUUGAGUCAUCAAGAAGAAUGUGAUAUUCAAGAGGUUACUACAUUAUUAAGGACCUAUGCAAUACAGCAUUACAGAGACCAUUCUUUUGUUUCACAUUUAGUGUCUAAAGUAGCGUCCAAUGUGAACACGCUGGGCGUCAGCACUGCUGUUAGUAUAUACAGCAGCUUAAGCAUUUUGGAUUUGUUAGAUGAAGAGUUGGCUUUAUCACUGGAGUCAAGAUUCGGCAACCGUAGAAAAUCUGGCGAGAGGCUAGAAUUUGAAGUGGAUGAUACACUAAAUAUACGUGAUAUCAUUGAGAUUGGCUAUUCCAAAUUGAUUCAACAAGACCCUGGCAACGAUUCCUUUUGGUUAAUGAAGGACUUAUUGGAACGUAUUGCUGCUUUGUGGGACGCCUCUAUAGAUACUACUCUACAAUCGCAAUAUAUCAGAAAAUUAACUGUUCUAAUAGCUCAGCUUAAAUGCUCAGCAGAGCCUUGUUACAAUUCAAUUAGAAAGGAUCAUAUUGAGACUCUCGAGAGUAUAAUCGGAAGUGACAUUGGAUAUAAGAAAUUUAAGACCACGACGUUUAUCAAUAAGGUCGCUCAACAUUUGGAGAAGUUACGUAUUCGUUUCGAGACCAACGUAUACUACAAUGGCAUCCUGCUUGACAUUAUGGAGAAAGAUCGCAAUCUGGUGUGGUUAUGCAAUUCAUAUCAUCGUUUUUACGCUGGCACGUUUGAUUUAACAGCUGAACGCCGCACUCUUGAUCGUCUAUUGAAGGCAUUUGGAUUCAAAACAUGCCAUGUUAACUUCUACCAAUGGGGACGUUUGAAGGCUAAGCGAACUCGAUUCGCUUAUAUUCGCAUGGCGCGUUACUAUGCUCUUUAUGAUAAUAGGGAAUAUGACCACCGAUAUGCUGGAUGGAGUCUACCAUAUGUCUGGUGGAAUACUUCUCGUCAGGACCAGAUGCACGUGUCUAACUACAUAAAGUAUGAGCCAUAGAGUAGCGCAUAAAUAGCUAUGCC